UGGUGCUACCAGCCUUGCCACUUGCAGUCUUGACAGGCAGAGGUUGGGGACCACCGUCUAGCCUUGCACCGAUCGGGAGCCACAGGUUGCAGAGGCAAGGAGUCGUGCCCAUGACCGUGACUCUGUGAGGCUGGCUGCCGGCGCGCGGUGGUUGCUGGCGGGUCCCCGGAGCUCGGGAAGACCGGAGCGGGCCCCGAAACCUGACACCAGAGCCCUCGCUGCCCCCGCUCCGCGGGCUGGCCCGCCAAGAUCAUCACUAUGACUGAUGGAGACUAUGAUUAUCUGAUUAAACUCCUGGCCCUUGGAGACUCAGGAGUAGGGAAGACAACAUUUCUCUAUAGAUACACGGACAAUAAAUUCAAUCCCAAAUUCAUCACCACAGUAGGAAUAGAUUUUCGGGAAAAACGUGUGGUUUAUGACACACAAGGAGCAGAUGGAGCCUCAGGAAAAGCGUUUAAGGUACAUCUGCAGCUUUGGGACACUGCUGGACAAGAGCGGUUCCGGAGCCUCACCACUGCCUUCUUCAGAGAUGCCAUGGGCUUCUUACUGAUGUUUGACCUCACCAGUCAACAGAGUUUCUUGAAUGUCAGAAACUGGAUGAGUCAACUGCAGGCAAAUGCUUACUGUGAAAACCCAGACAUAGUAUUAAUUGGCAACAAGGCAGAUCUGCCAGACCAAAGGGAAGUCAAUGAACGGCAAGCACGGGAGCUGGCUGAAAAAUAUGGCAUACCAUACUUCGAAACAAGCGCAGCGACAGGACAGAAUGUAGAGAAGUCAGUGGAAACGCUUCUGGACUUAAUCAUGAAGAGAAUGGAAAAGUGUGUAGAGAAGACACAGGUUCCGGACACUGUCAAUGGUGGAAGUUCUGGAAAGCUGGACGGGGAAAAGCCAGCAGAAAAGAAAUGUGCCUGCUAGACACUCAGAGGAACCAGUGAUGGCGAGCCCACCCGAGUCUGACGUCCUGAGGCAAUGUCAAACCACGACGUUGUUGUUGAACAGUAGCUCAUGAGCAAUGGCAUGUCUUUCUCCCCUGACCCCAAUCUAUUUUAAUAAAGCAGAGUAGUCAUAGUGUUAAAAGAACUGUACUGUUACCCUGAGUCCCUAACAAACAAAAAAGCAAAGAAACAAAAAUCAAAGUUGUCCUAAGGCGAUCUCACUAUUGUGAAUGCUCAGUUGUAUUUUUAUAAGGUUGUGUAUAUGGGAAACAAAAAGUAUCGGAGAGUUUUAAAUGAAAGCACAUAUUACUGCCAGCCUGGAGAGAGGAAGAGGCUAACUAAAGGGAGGAUAUAAAAGGAUGAUUUCUGUUUUCAUCUACUUGUGUAGAGUAUGACUCACACUUCUAUAUUUGCACUGGGGAAGACAUAUUCCUAAAAAUGGAUACAUAACAAAGAAUUCUCUGUGACUUUUUAAGAAUGACUGUCUGCCCAGUAACCUGUUCUGAGUUACUGGUAAAGUCGUGGGUGGGUGAAUGGCAGGCUUCUGUAGGAACUUGUGUAAUUAUGCCAUUUUUAUAUUCCUAAUAAAUGGUAGAGAGACAAGAAUAGGACUUUGGAUGGAAAGGUAUGAAGGAAAUUCCCUGGCAGAAAAUGAAACAUGGGAAUAUGGUGCUUGAACAAGUUAGAUAAACUGGAUCUUUGAGAUAAGUAUGAGAGACAGAGUUACUUAGGCAAAUGUCACUGAAACAGAUUAGAAGCUAGUAUCACCAGUUGGAAUUGGCAAUGCCUUCAGAGGCUCCUAGUCAAAUGAUCCAAACCUUUAACAUCGUUUCUGAUGGUACCCUAGUUCACAUUUUAUUUUUAUUUUUAAAUCAAAUCCUUAGAAAGAGUCACAAGAAAAAAAAUAAAGCAUUUUUAUUGUAUAUAACUUAUAAGUGAAAUAAAGAAAAUGUAAGAUUUAGUCUUAUAGUUUCUAAAUAUAUGAUUUAUUGUUGAGAGAAAACAGGGUGAUUAUUAAUUAUGGGUUUAAUUCAUUUUAGGAAAGCACUAGAAAUUCUAAAUUUACUUUUCCCCUAGACCACACUUAUGCCUGCCUUGAAGCCAUUACAGAAAUGAAGGUGUGUUCAUGGGUCAAUAACAGCAAAGUAAUUAUGGACCAAUAACUAUGGUCACCCUGAAACUUUCAUGCCAUCAAUCACCAAAAAUUGAUACCACAUUCUUUAUUAUCGCGUUUUUUUACUUCGCCAGGAAGAAGUAUAGCUAUAGUUGAGGUGUACUCAAGAAAUUAGCAAGAAUGGAUUUGUGUUUCAACUCAGCAGAACUAUAGCCAAUGUUUUGUUUUGUUUUCCUGAACGCUAUCUUUUCUUUUUUCUUCUAGAAUUAAUCACAGGUCUUCUUACCAUUGUGAAAACUCAUGUUGUAUUACUUUUUAUUAAUUGUAAUUUGGGAUACAUAUAAACCAAUUUUAUCAGAUAAUAUUUAAAAUUGUCAAUCAGUUUAACCAAUAAGAAAGCCAAUAAUAUACUGUUAAGAAAGACAAA